GUAAAGUCACUCAGCAGAAAGCUUGCCUGGAUGACCUGAAGGAGACGUCGACCGUGACGUCCAGCGGAUGGUUCGGGGGUGACAAGGAAGUCACCAGACAGGAGUUGAUCAUGCAGGAUUUCUACAGCAAACUCCACAAGAAGGCUCAAGCCUCACAGCAAGAACGUGAUGAAUGGAUGCAAGAAGCGGUGCAAAAAGAGAAGGAUCGACAGAAGGAGUCGAACGAGAAACGGAAGAAGAAGUGGAGAAAGGAGACCUAUGCAAAUCUGAAGAACUUUGCAUCAGGAACUGUGCAAGCCUUGAGCGAUGCAGUGCGAGGCAAGGAGUGUUGCAAAUGCACCAUGCGACGUCUGUUCACCUGGGCCACGGAUUUUUGCUCAGCUCCCAGCUGUGCCGUCUAUGAAGGUAAGUGCAGCUCCAUCAGCAAGAGCUUCUGCGGGAAGCGCUACACCGCCUGCCCGGCAGAUCAUACCUACUACGCGCGCGCGGUGGGGAUGAAUGAAGAUGAAUGAUGAGGUCACUGCGACCUCAGAUGAUGUUGAGUUACGCAGUGGUAUGGUCUAUAUAUGUGAAUAUUCUAGCUUGAGUAAGGC